AUGCCUAAACUCCCACAAAGCCAGACCCACCUUGCGAAAAUGUCGUCGGAUGCUGUCCCAUCCGCUCUGCGGUGGGAUAUCCAUGGUGAAGCACACAAGUACGUCACCAAGCUCAAAGUCAGGGUUGGACGUCGAAAGACGGACAACUCUAUAGACGCGCUACGCUCUCGAGCGGCACACUCAGUCCUGGAUUCGUGGAACUCCACUUUCCAGGACCCAACUUACCAAGGCUCUGAAUUUUUAGAGCUUCAACAGCCUGACGGGCGGCCGCUACAGCCAUCGUACCUCAAUGGGGGACCUUGGCUUUCAACCUUUGGACACAGUAUCACUGAGUUCGCCCGCGUUUGCCGGUGUAUAACUGGCCACGCGCCCAUUGGAGCGUACUACCGUCGCUUCAAGAUUAAUGAGCCUCAUGGCUGCACUUGCGGGGCUGCUUUGCAGUCCCACCAGCACAUUCUCUUUCGCUGUCGUGAUCGCUACUCCGUGCAUUACCCCCGCUUUCUUGGGGAUAUUGCAUCUUUUAUGAAGUACAACCCCACGGCGUUUGGCUUCAACCGAGACCCCUCGGGUGUCGGAUAA